UUCAAGUCUCAAGUUUGGUAGUACCAUGUAGUACUGAUUUUUGACACUUGGUUAUUAUUUCAUUCGAUUCACUCACUUCACUGUCAUUGUCAUUUCAUUUCGUUGUGAUUAUUCUUUGUCAAAGGCCUACCAGCCUACCAAGUACCAAUCAUACUGUUGUUUUAACUAUUUAUUUGAUUGACUUCUAUUGCCAACUUGUAAUGUUACUUUUUAAAUUUCUUUUGAAAAUGUCUAGGCCUACGUGUUUUUAAAUAUUAUUUUCAGGUAGGUACUACAAUCCCCAUUAUCUGGAUUAGAAAUCUUGGUUUUUAGCAAUUCAGUUGGACUAUUCAUAGAGCAUCUGUUGACCUCCAUCUUGCAGUAUAAUGGCAGAAGUAAACGUUAAGAAAUUUGAGUCAGUUGGUUUCAAUCCAGAUAAAUAUGUGAAGGAAAUAUCUCAAGUCUGUGUGGGGGGACAAGAACUUCAACAAUUUCGAUCAAAGAUCCAAACACUAGCCGAGGACAGCAGUGCGGCUUUAAAGAAGAAUGUGUACCACAAUUAUAUGCAGUUUAUCGAAACUGCAAAAGAGAUUGCACACCUGGAAAGUGAGAUGUACCAGCUGUCACAUAUGUUGACUGAGCAGCGGACUUUGUUGUCAACCCUGGCCAGCUCCUCUGUCGCACCGGCCGCUCCGUUGGAGAGCCCACAGCAGGAAGUGAAAACAGAAGACCGGAGAGUCAACCUGCUAACAGCGAUUGCGGAGAAAGUCGAAGGAUGUGCUAGCCUGUUAGACUACAAGGACCGUGGACUGUGUCAUGAAGGAGAUCUGUUAGAGUUAGAUCCUGUGGAGAGUGUUCCAUUGCAUAGAGUACAUGCCUACCUUCUCACCGACAUACUGCUCAUCGCCACCUGGAUAUCUAACAGGCGAGGCCCAGCAAAAUACAAGUUCCAGGCGCAGUACGAGCUGGAUAGCCUGGCGGUGGUGAAUGUGCGAGACCUCGGCAACGUGAGGUACGCCUUCAAACUGCUGGCCUUCCCCGACUCCAGGGUUUUCCAAUGCUCCAGCCUCAAUGCCAAGAAAGAAUGGUUGGAUCAGUUCGAGAAGGCCAAGAAAGCAAAAGCAAACCAAGAACAUCCAAAACGAGAAGCAGUUUCAAUAUCUGACCAACACUCCUUGGUUCAUGUUGAUUCAGUAGACUCAGCUUCCAACCCUUUUGGUGAUCCUGAUGAAGACAAUUCAGAUGAGCAUGAAUGGUUGAGCGAAGUUUCUGAAGACCUAGAUGUGCUGAUAGCCCAAAGACACUUUGAGGAAGCUCACGCUUUGAUCGAGAAAACUAAAGAGUGCCUUGAGAAAGCUCCCAAUGUGCCUACUAAUUUAGAAAUAAGACGAAAGUUAGACCAACGAAUCACUAGUCUCAUCAACGCUUUGACAGCUGAGUUGACUGUGACAUCAGAAAAGAGUUUCCAGGGUGGUUUACGAGCGGCUAGGAGGUCUGUGCGCCUACUCAACCUACUUGGAAGAUCAACACAAGCUUGUGAUUUGUUUCUGCAACUCUGUACAAGCAUCCUGAAAGCUCAGCUGAAAAGGGUAAAGAGGGAAGGAGCCACAAUCACUUAUGUCAAGAGACUUGGGGGAAUAUUCUUCACAAAUCUGACGGACAUGACAAAGGAGUUUUAUGGUCGUGCUUUCCCUAAUUCACCAUCCCUAGCAUCAGUGUUUGUUGUUUGGGCUAGCCAAGAAUUGUCCCAUUUCACUUCACACUUCAUCAAGCAAGUGUUCAUGCCACAAGCUUCACUCACAUCUCUGGCGGAAUGUGUUGUGUCUGUACGAUCUCAAUGUCAACAGCUUGGAGAGCUAGGCAUGGACCUGUGUUACCAGCUGGAUGGUCAGCUGAGUCCGCCCAUCACCAGGUGUCUGACGGAGGCGAGAGACAAGUUGACGGAGGCGGUGAAGCUGCGUUGUGUCGAGGACAACUGGCGUCCACUGAACCUCAACACACCCUCAGCCCUACACAAACUGUCCACAGAGCUGAGUGAUCAGGGACUCACUCUCACCAAGUAUGUCACAGGAGACAGCUGGGUGGAAUUGACAGCCAACACCGUGUCCUUCACCAAGCUCUACCUGUCAUUGGUCAAUGAUAGCCUACGCCUGGCUAACUGUGACAUGGCCUAUACUGUAGACAAAGUGUUGUAUGACGUUCUCAGUGCGCAACUGAAACACCUCCUCACCUCAUACAAGGCUGACAAACUGUCCCAGCAGCGACCACUGAUAGUGAAAAAUGCCUCAUUCAUAUUGGACUCAUUGGUGCCAGUUUGUGAAAAGUCGUUUGUAAAACACCUGAACACUCCUUCUCACCAACUUCCUUUGAUCGUCAAAGAGUAUUCUCCGAAGUUCAGAGAGAGUGGUACCAACAUAAUUGGUUAUGUUUGAGGCUGAAGUUGAAAUAUUCUUUUGGACAGACAGGGAGCUAAGGAGUGCUAGUCCAGUGAAAAUCAUCUAUUGAAGAAAAGAGGUGAUAAGAUUCAAUGAAGAAUUUGGUUCUAUGUAACGUUAUAAAGCUUUAAUCAAAAGUAAUGAUAUGUAAUAUAACAUAACCCACUUGUACAACACUUCAUUUAACCCUAGAUCUGGCGGUCAUUUUAUUCACCAGUGGCGGGUAUAUUUUGGCGCUUUUGUAGUGGUAUCAUAUAUUUUGCCACAGAACAUUUAUUUGUGAAUAUAAGUACACACAUAUAUAUAUAUUCUAUUUCAGGGAUGAAUUUAGAAUAUAAUGAUAUAAAAAUAUUCUUUUCAUAGCAAUGCGUUUAGGCGUAGUAGCAAAAGGUUUGCAAAUUUUUGGAUUAUGCAAAUUAGAAAUUUCAAAAGCAACCCACAAGAAAACCACAAAAUAAUUUUUUACACAUUUUAUUUAACUGUAAAGUUUGUGUGAAAUAUGAUUCCCUACGUAGAAAUAUCAAUGUUUUUUAAAUACUCAUAAAAAUAAAAUUAUAAAAAAAUAAAUUCUUCAUACAUAUUUUCUUUUUUGAAAAACUACAAAAUUUCUUUUUGUCACGUAGGAAAUAAUAGAAUGCAUCAACAAAAAAUAAAAUGAUACUGUACAAUAGGUAAUAAAAAGAUCUUUCUGAAAAUAUAUAGUUAUAUUUAGUUGAAUUCUAAAAUGUCGGAGAAAUUUACGUCGGAAUGUAAAAUUUUGAAGAUUUUUUUACAAAAACAUAAUAGGUAUUUAUGACAUAAAAAAAAAAAAAAAUUUUACAAUCAACCAUAUAGAUUCACAUGGAAUUGUAUGGAAUUUAUUGUAGUUUCAGAAUAUGUACUAAUAUUGUAUACAAUUUAAUUGACAAUCACCAAAAACAGCUGUUUUUGUAGUCAGGUGACCAAAACUUUCCACCGCCAAAAUCUAUUUUGAACUCUCUAGUUUUUCAAACUACCGUUUCUCGCUACAUAAUACUCACUCAAUAAUGUUUUAUGCAUGAAAAUGAAUCCUCAGAAUCUCAUCUUUCUAAUGGUAUAAGAUUUAUUGCGUUUUAAAACUGUUUUCAUAUUUUAAUAAUAGAAAAACCCAACCCAUGUCAUCUUGGUCUAUAAUAGACCAGCGCCACUGAGAACUCACGUUUUAGUGGUCGAAAAUCGACCAGCGCCAGAUA